GAGCAGAGAACCAAAAUUACGCCUCUGAAAUUAGUAAAAUUACAACUUAACCCUUCUCCCCCAUCCGCCGAAUCCAUCCCAGGACAUUGCAAUUUACACAAGCGCACACACCGUCCUCCCGAUCCCUAGCCAGGCUAAAAGGUUUUUUUCCCAAAUUGAAAACCUCAAACCCUUAGCUGUUAGCACUCGAACCUAAUUUCCCAAGGUAGACGUAGGAGUGGUGGAGAGAGAUGGAUCAACACGAAGAGCAAGAGCAUGACGUUUAUGGAAGUGAAAUCCCUGACGAGGGAGAGAUAGACGCCGAUAUCGACAUGUCUUCGAGGCCUGAAGAAGAUGAGGACCACGGCCCUAACUCCAAGGAUUUGGAGGACAUGAAGAAGAGACUGAAGGAGAUCGAAGAAGAAGCUGGCGCUCUCCGCGAAAUGCAGGCUAAAGUUGAGAAGGAGAUGGGAGCUGUCCAAGGCAUCUCUCUCUAUAUAUUUGCUUGUAUUCCUCAAGUGCUUCUGCGACUCAGGCUGAAAAGGAGGAGGUGGAUUCCCGCUCUAUUUAUGUUGGUAGACUAUACCUGUACUCCUGAAGAAGUGCAGCAGCAUUUUCAAUCCUGUGGAACAGUGAACAGAGUGACAAUUUUGACUGACAAGUUUGGUCAACCCAAAGGAUUUGCUUAUGUUGAAUUUGUUGAGACUGAUGCUGUUCAAAAUGCUCUUUUGUUAAAUGAAUCAGAGCUGCAUGGCCGUCAGUUAAAGGUCUCUGCUAAGAGAACCAACAUUCCUGGAAUGAAGCAAUAUCGAGGAAGGCGCCCCAACCCUUAUGGGUUCAGAUCCCGAAGGCCAUUCAUGCCUGCUCCCCCCUUCUAUCCCCCUUAUGGUUAUGGCUGCUGCCUGUGCUUCUUUCUUUUCCAUUUUGCUCGCUGUUGCCUAUUUCUUGUUGUUGCUGCCAUGGAACAUGCGGGACCCCUGCCCAAGCAUUUUGGAAUGCCGGAGUAUCUCGUUCUGGUAUGCAAGUACCAGUUCGUGGUUCGAAGGGGUUGCAGUGAAUUAGAAGGGUUCCAAGGUUCAGGCGACCAAUGCGUUACAGACCAUAUUAAUGAGCAGUAGCCACCAAUUUGAGAAGAUCAUUGGUUCAUGGAUUGGGAUGCUCGUUUUAAUGUUGUGGGUAUAUGAAGGGACAGAAAGACUUUUUAAUCAUUAUAUGCAUGGGGAGGGCCGGUCUGAUUUUUCUCAAAUUAAUAGCACUUGCAGGAGUGCUGGAUUAUUGUGCAACAAACAAAUCUUGCAUUUACUUGCUUUACAGGGGCUAAAGGGGGCGCCAAAUGUGCAAAUGUUGUGGAAACUUUUUUUUUUUUUUAUUCCUUUUAGUGUAUUUACGAAUUCAUGAUCUAGGAUAUAAGGUUUCUCAGUGAGGUUAAGUCGAAACUUUGGGGCAUUCAUGAUUGACCACGGGAUGCCUUUGUAGUUCAGGAAUCACAGUGGCAUGCUGGUUAUGCUACAGUCAGUUUGUGAGCCUUUGUCAAUUUGUAGCUUUGAUUUCAAGUUAAAGGUUACUUGGUUAGGAAGAGUUUUGCA